GUGUCAAUGGAGGUCAUGAUGCAUUGCAUUUUUAUGCAUUUUUCUAACAAAUACUAAUUUAAAUGCACAAUAAUUGAUAAAAGUCAAAUGUUAUUUAUUAAUGUGAUGCAUACGGUAGUACAGGUUUUUCAGUUAAUAACACAGUAAUGGCAGAUCAGUUUUGUUUACGCUGGAACAAUUUCCAAACUAAUAUAGUUAGUGCUUUAGAUUCACUGAAAUGUUCGGAGGAUUUGGUUGACGUUACGCUCACUUGUGAGGGCAGAAACAUCAAGGCCCAUAAAGUCAUACUGUCCGCGUGCAGCCCGUACUUCAGGAAUGUGUUCAAGGAAAACCCAUGUCAACAUCCAGUUAUAAUUUUGAAGGAUGUAUCUGCUGACGAUAUAGUAAGUUUGUUGUCCUAUAUGUACCAGGGCCAAGUAUUUAUUGAAGAGAGUAAAUUGUCAUCAUUUUUGCACACAGCAGCAUUACUACAGGUCAAAGGCCUCACAGGUGUAACACAACAGAAAGAUAAUUUUUCCUCACCAAAUACAUCAAACAAACUUUAUACACAACUUACAAUAUCUGCUAAGUCACAAUGUGGUUCUGGUCACAAAGAAACAAAACUACCGGCAUUGAAAAAACGACGAAGUAGUACAUCUGAUAAGCCAAAUGAUGUAAAUAUUGGAGAAACUGGUAACAAGAAGGGCAAAUUUUUGGAAACAUGUGAUAUAUACAAUAAAAAUAGUUUUUCACAUUUGCCUAAAACCAAUAAUAUAGCUUUUGUAUCUGAAAAUAGUGUAGAUAAAAAGAUUGAUGGAAAAAAUGAACAAACAGUCAUAACAACUAAUGGAAAAGGUUCUACAUCUGUCCAGGUGAACACACAAGCAGACAUGCCUGUUAUUAUUAAAACUGAACGGGUUGAUAAUUUUUCUGAAGAUAAUAAUUCUGUUGGUCCUUUAAAUAAUUCUGAAAAUGAUGAUAGUCUUCCAGAUUACGAAAAUAGCAUGCUAGCAAGGUCUUUGCUCUCAGGUAUAUUUGUUUUAGGUAUAAAUCCAUCUAAAAAUGAAGUCUGUGCCAAUAGUACAAUAAAAAAAGUGACAAAUAUACCGGAUGUACCAAGUAUAAGAGCAAAGGAUUUAAAUACAGAUACAGUUACCUUUACCAAUGUUGUCAAAAGUCCACUUAAAACUCCAUCAUCUGAAGAAACAGUUGUGAAGCCUGAAAACCCAUCUCCAAAAUCUGAAAUUGAAUAUGAGCCAGAAGUAUUAUUAUCAGAACACCAAGAUGGUACAGAUUCUGAAAGUACAUAUAGUCAAGACCAAUCACAGGCUCUAUUGUUGCUGGCAGGUAUGAACGUUCCUGUAUUGGGCAGUAGUGCUUCAACAUCGCAAGGAGUAUCCCACCAACAAUCUAAUCAUGCUGCUAUCUGUGGUGAUUGCCCUCAUUGUGGUAUGAAAUAUUCAAAUCAGUCUGCACUAAAGUAUCAUGUGAGGCUUAUGCAUUCAGAUUUAACCAAUAGACUCUGCUGUUACCUUUGUCCAAGAUCUUUUACUAUGCGGGAAACAUUCAAGGAACAUAUGUGGACCAGUCAUGGUCAAAGAAAUUAAUAUUUAUUUCUUUUCUUAUAUAUGAAGUGUGCCUUAGCUUUCAUUCUUUGUUUGUUGAACCUCCGGGCUCAUAUAGCUAUAUAAAGUGUUGAGACUUAUUUGAUGUGCCUUGUGAAGCUGAAAUCAAAUGAUGAAAGAAGACAUUGAUUGAACUGAAAUUCAAAUAUAUAUAAAAGUUUUAUAUUUUAGACUUCUAUUAUUAUUGUAAUAAAAAUAAUAUAAUUGUUUUAUAAGACCAGAUUUUGCUGAUACAGUAUAGCGGAUGUAGCAUAGCAUAUGUUCAAUAUAAAAUGUGUAUAUUCUUCUGAUUUAUAUAAUUGUUUUAUCCUAAGCUCCAUUUGUUGAUAUAAUUUUAUUUGUAUAAUGAUGUAAUUUUAAAUUAAUUAUAGAUUUACUUUUUAUAUGUAUUUAAUCCUCGCAAUUAGUCUAUGUUGAUUCUUUUUUGAAAUGUAAAUUAAAAUAACUUUCUAACAUUCAUCGAAGUCAGAAAAUCAGAAAAUUUUAAUAGUGUGAAUUUUUGCUCCUAUAUUAUUUUCUCUGUCCUUGGUAUGAGGAUAAGCCUUUCGGAGAAAAUUUGCAGGUCAGAUACGUACUAUGGUCAGGUCAACGUGACAUAACGUCCCAGAUACGAGUUAUAAGUAUUUUGUACUAAAUAUGUUUCAUUACAUUUUAUAAUUAUAGAUACAAAGGGCUAUUUGACUGUGUUUUAGGUAAUAAUUAAACGCACACUUUGCAUUUCAAUUGGCACCAAUUAAAAAUUAGUAUUUGUAUAUGUAAAGGGAUGAAUAAUACAGCUUCUUUUUCUGCAUUGAGGCUCGAGCUGAGCUUAACUCCUUAUUGAAGCGUAGAUUCCUGACUUCUAUGCAGGUAUCUCGAACAGAUGUCACCUUUGCGAAUAUUUUCGAUUACGUAUUUUAGAUAUUACUGGGAACAUUAUAUAGUAAUAAAAAUUAUUAAGCCACAAUCAUAUGGAGAUCUUAAAUAGUUUUCAUAAACUAUUUAUGAUUGUAUGAGCCAGGGAACAACUGAACUAGGUAGGAAGCAUAUAUCACUAGACCAGAACUCACCCGUUGAUUGUGCGGGUCUACAUAGGGGAAUAUAUUGUACACAAUUUGCCAAAAAUGACGGGAAGAAACUAGGAAUUUAAAAAAUUACCUUGAAUGAUAAUGAAUUUUAAUAUUAUUGAACUAGUCAAAUAGCCUAAUUAUUUUCAACAAAUUAAAGUGCCGGAACUGUAUAUACAUGUAUAAAUUAGGUGCACUGUUAUUCCACCAAAUAUUAAAUAUUGAUUGGUGCUAAAGUAAUUUUAAUAUUUUCAUAGUGUAUUACAUAACAUACUUUAUUACGUUGGUCUCCAUUGUAUAAAUUAGGUUAAUACCUACUGUGUCUUUUGUUACCAUUAAUAUAAUACGCUAUAAUGCUUUGUUUGUGAGGUAUAAGUAUUAUGGUAUUUAAGA